CGACUUAGCCGAAGAAGAUUCUCUGCCAUGGCUACUUCGACUACUGGAGUGAGAGUCGCUGAAGGAGAAGGCAAUUUGCCAAAACUCGUCCUUACUUCUCCUCAGAACAGUGAGGCUGAGAUAUACCUCUUUGGAGGAUGCAUUACAUCUUGGAAAGUUGCGAGUGGUAAAGAUCUUCUUUUCGUCAGACCAGAUGCUGUCUUCAAUAAGAUUAAGCCCAUUAGCGGAGGGAUUCCACAUUGUUUUCCACAGUUUGGACCUGGACAAAUUCAACAGCAUGGGUUUGGAAGGAACAUGGACUGGUCUGUUGUCGAUUCCCAGAAUGCAGAUGACAAUGCUGCUGUUACUCUUGAGCUUAAGGAUGGUCCAUAUAGUCGGGCCAUGUGGGACUUUGGUUUCCAGGCUCUAUACAAGGUCAUUGUUGGCGCGGACUCCCUUUCCACUGAGCUAAAGAUUACAAACACAGACGAUAAACCAUUUUCUUUCAGCACUGCGUUGCAUACUUACUUCCGUGCUUCUUCCGCAGGGGCCUCCGUGAGAGGUCUAAAGGGUUGUAAAACUCUCAAUAAGGAUCCUGACCCUAAGAACCCAAUAGAGGGUAAAGAAGAAAGGGAUGCAGUCACUUUUCCUGGAUUUGUGGAUUGCGUCUAUCUUGAUGCUCCAAAUGAAUUGCAGUUUGAUAAUGGCUUGGGUGAUAAUAUAAUCAUCAAAAACACAAAUUGGUCGGAUGCGGUCUUGUGGAACCCACAUACUCAGAUGGAGGCUUGCUACAGAGACUUUGUGUGCGUGGAAAAUGCAAAGCUUGGGGAUGUCAAGCUAGAGCCGGGACAGUCUUGGACUGCAACACAGCUUCUCAGCAUCAGUUGAAAACAAUGUACUUUACACUUUUAUAAUGUCGA